CGAGCAGCCGCUCGUUGGCACGGCGUUGCGCGAUCAACGUUGCAAGGCCGACGGGCAGGUCAACAACCACACGCGAUAGCUCACUCAAAUCAACAGCGAUUAACUCCAGAACAAGAGGCCUUUCUAGUUGAUUGGAUACUUGAAGAGGACUCACGCGCACAACCUCCAUCUCAUCCUCGCGUACGAGAGAUG